UAUCCAUCUUUUUCUCCUAUCUAUCUCCUGAAUCUGAGUCUGACUCUUUACUUGCUUCUUUAAUUACUCUCUCAUUCUUGAGAAUGGGCACACAACAAGAAGAAGACAACAGUCUCAACAUUAUUUUCACAUUCCUCUUGCUUCUCAAAACCUACCUCUUUGCAAUUUGUAAAUCACCUGGGGACUCUCGCUCUAACCCUGAGAUCUGACUCCUUUAGAUCCGUCGGUGAUGGCGAAUCUAGUCCCCGGCGUCCUCCUCAAGCUCCUCCAGCACAUGAACACCGACGUCAAAAUCGCCGGAGAACACAGGUCAUCCCUCCUCCAAGUCGUCAGCAUCGUCCCCGCUCUAGCCGGAGGCGAGCUGUUCCCGAACCAGGGCUUCUACCUCAAAGUCUCCGACUCCUCCCACGCCACCUACGUCUCCCUCCCCGACGAGCACGACGAUUUGAUUCUGUCCGAUAAGCUCCAAUUAGGUCAGUUCAUCCACGUGGACAGAGUCGAAUCCUCUUCCCCCGUUCCGAUCCUCCGCGGCGUUAGGCCCGUUCCCGGUAGGCAUCCUUGUCUCGGCACUCCCGAGGAUAUCGUAGCCGCGGAUGCGUUAGGGUUCCUUAGUGAUGACAACAAGGCUAAGGCUAAGGCUAAGGCGGUUUCUAGUGAGGUUGAGAGAAAUAGAGUGAGUGUUAGUGUUUCUAAGGAUGAAGCUUCUGAGAAGAGUAAGAAGGCUUUGGUACGAGCCAAGUCUGCGAAGACGAGUUUGGUUUUGGAUGUGAAGAAGGAAGCGUUGGGGAAGGUGAAGACUUCUUCUUCUACUUCCGGUGGUUCGAAGUCGAUACCUUCUUCGCCCACGAGCUGUUACUCGCUGCCUAGUUCGUUUGCGAAGUUUGCGAACGGGGUUAAGCAGCAUCAGCAGCAGCAGCAUGUGAAGAAGACGGUGGUGUUGGAGAAAGGCUCUCCGAGGAUGGGGCUGUCGGAGAGAGGGAGGUCUCCGCUUAGAGUGGAGAGUCCGAGCGUUGUUGGGAAGAAGCUUCCGAUGAUUAAGAACUUCGUGCAGGGGAUUGAGUUUGGAGCUAAGGCGUUGAGGAAGAGCUGGGAAGGGAAUUUGGAUAUUAGGAGUUCUGAUAGGGAGAGAUUGAAGCUUGCUAAACGUGACUCAACCCCUGAUUCUCGGAGUUUAACUGCUCCGAGGAAGAGCACAUCUAGUGAGAAGUUGCCGAGCAAACAGGAGAGGGCUAAUGUAUUUGCAAAAUCAUCCAAGGAGCAGAGUAAGACUCAGUCAACCAAGAAAGUCGAGACAGCAGGAGUAGUUGAUGCCAAAGAGAAAACGAGUAAGCCUAAAUCUACAUCCGUAGGCAAGAAAUCUACUGCUGAGAAUGGAUUGCCUGGGAAUUUGGUUAAAGUCCCCGUUAAUAGUAAAAGAUUGGCAUCUGCCAGUGUCCAGUGGGGUUCACUCCCUUCAUCUCUUUCAAGGCUAGGACAGGAAGUCUUGAGGCAUAGAGAUGCUGCUCAAGUUGUUGCAAUAGAAGCCAUGCAAGAAGCAUCUGCUUCCGAGAGCUUACUUCAAUGCCUCAUUAUGUACAAUGAUCUUAUGUCAGCGGCUAAGGAAGAUGAUCCAUUGCCUGUAGUUGAGCAGUUCUUAAAGCUCCAUUCCGGUCUGAAGAACGUUCAAGUAACAACCGAAUCACUGUCUAAAUUAAUUUCUUCAACAUCUUCCCCAGAAAAUGAAGAAAACAAAUCUGAGGAAGCUAUAAAAGUGGCUUCAGAAAAGCAGAAACUAGCAGCCUCUUGGGUCCAAGCUGCGUUAGUCACUAACUUAUCAGCCUUCUCUGUCUACUCCACCAAACCCACCAAAUCUGCUGCAUCCAAAAACAAACCCGUGAUCAUACUCGAGAGCCCGGGUAAUAACUCCACCAAUAAACCCCGUGGAAACGUCCAAACCCGGCCAACGAUUGGAUCCAAACUCGUGGCACAGGGCAUGAUACGUAAACACAGGGAGAACAGUAGCAGCCAAAAGGCCAACACGUUAGCAGCAGCAGGAUCAGAGUCUCCACCGCUAAACUGGGUGAAAGGGAAUGGUCUGAACGAGGCAACCGAUCUAGCGGAGAAGCUGCAGACGGUAUCUCAAGAUUGGUUCUUGGGUUUUGUAGAGAGGUUCUUGGACGCAGACGUCGUGGAGACAUCUUCGAACCUGUCUGAUAACGGGCAGAUAGCUGGGAUGCUGUCUCAGCUGAAGAGUGUGAACGAUUGGUUAGACGAGAUUGGUUCAAAAGAAGAUGAAGAAGGGCUACAAGAAGUGUCAAAGGAAACAAUAGACCGGUUACGUAAGAAGAUAUACGAGUACCUUCUCACACAUGUGGAGUCAGCAGCUGCAGCACUUGGUGGUAGUGGUAAUGGUGGUGGUGUCUCUUCUCCUAGACCCAAACCAAUCGAAACCAAAUCAAAGAGAUGAUGGUUAAAUGAUAUACUCCGAUUUGUUUGUGCUAUUUUUGUAAUUAACUAAACUUACAAGGUCCCCAAAAAGAAAAUUUAAUAACUUUAAAAAUA